AUGUCUGGAAAAGAUCCAAAGGGAUAUUACAAGGUGCUAGGGCUAAGUCCUGGGGCAUCUGUGGCGGAUGUGAGGAGGGCGUAUUCGACGCAGCAAGCGAAGUUCCAUAUGGAUUCGCCUAUUGUGCGUGAAAAGCUGCGUAAUGCAAAGAGUGAAGAUGAGAAAGAAAAGAUUAUAUCCGAAUGCAAGGAGAUGUCUACAAAGUUGAAUAUGGCGAAGGAUGCACUGUUUGAUGAGAAGAAGAAGAAGAAUUACGACAGCGGAAUGGGAGAAUUUGGAGCACAGUUUUCUGGAGGUAAUUACUCUGACAUCUUUGACAUAUUCAGUCAGUUUGCAGGAGGUGGCCGAGGAGGGCAGAAAUCAAACAAGGCGAGCUCAACGAAGUAUGUUAUCAAUAUUUCACUGAAGGAGGCAUUUUGCGGAAAGACAUCUAAAUUCAAUGUGAAGAGGGAGAAGAUAUGCCCGAGCUGCGACGGAAAGGGUGCAGAGAACACGACUGUAUGCAAGAAAUGCAAUGGAAAUGGAGUAUAUACUAGCCGUAGGAAUCUUGGCGGAUUUGUAACACUUGCUGAGACACAAUGCGAUGGAUGCUCAGGUAAAGGAUACUUUGCGAAAGGAAAUGCAUGUGGAGAGUGCAAGGGAGGAGAAUAUGUGCAGGAUAAGAUAAUCCUUGAGGUCACGAUUAAACCUGGGGUUGUGAAGGGAGAAAAGAUUGUGUUUGAGGGGAUGGGAGACCAGCGAAAGGGACAAGUAUCUGGAGAUGUGAUUUUUAUUAUUGAUGUGCAGGAUGACAGUAGGUUUGAAAGACGCGGUAGUGAUCUUAUUGGAAAGAUGGAUAUUCCUCUGUACACAGCGAUUGGGGGAGGCGUAGUGUAUUUUACGCAUAUUGAUGGAAGACAACUUGAGAUCAAUGUGGAGCCAUUCAAGACAUUUGAUGUAGCAGUGAAGAUACGAGGAGAGGGAUUCAAGACACAAAGGUCAGGACUCGGUUCGCUUAUUCUGAAGCCAAAUAUCAUUAUUGGAGGUGAUUCUGAUAGAGCAAAAAUUCUGGAGGUGUUGAGUAUGCCAAACAACAAACCUUACGGAGCCACGACGAAAGUAAAGGGAGAGUUUGGAAGUAUUCCUGAGCCUGAGAGGGAGCAUGAUGAGGCUUCUGAUGAUGGAGCACAAAGCGCCAGGAGUUUUUUCAAUAGCUUCAGUUUCUUUUAG